UUCCCAUCCCACUCUCAAGGCCUCUGUCUCAUUCUUACUUGCUGUCUUUGCUGUCAAGAAUUGUUCCUGUGAUAUUACAUCCCUCACAUACUUGUUCCAAUGGCCGCCCAAGUCACUCCCUCCAAGCAGGCUGCUUCCUCCCUCGAGAACCUCAAGAUGAGCGACUCACCUAUUAAGAAGCUCGACUUCCAGUCGGCUGGCAAGGAGAACGCGCCCGCGUCUCUUAAGGCUGUCGACGCCCCCAUUGAGAAGCCCACCGAGAAGGCUCUCGCGGCCAAGCCUCUUACCAUCAAGGAGAUUGAAGCCACAGAGCCCCUCCUCCAGGAGAACCCUCACCGUUUCGUCAUGUUCCCUAUCAAGUACCACGAGAUCUGGCAAAUGUACAAGAAGGCCGAAGCUUCCUUCUGGACCGCUGAGGAGAUUGAUCUCUCCAAGGAUCUUCAUGACUGGCACAAUCGCCUGAACGACGAUGAGCGUUACUUCAUCUCCCACGUCCUGGCCUUCUUCGCCGCCUCCGACGGUAUUGUCAACGAGAACCUUGUUGAGCGUUUCAGUGGAGAGGUCCAGAUCCCCGAGGCCCGUUGCUUCUACGGCUUCCAGAUCAUGAUGGAGAACAUCCACUCCGAGACCUACUCCCUGCUCAUCGACACCUAUAUCAAGGAGCCCAAGCAGCGUACCUACCUCUUUGAUGCCAUUGACACUAUUCCCUGCAUUGCCAAGAAGGCCAACUGGGCCCUCCGCUGGAUCAACGACCGUGAGUCAACCUUCGCUUCGCGUCUGGUUGCCUUCGCUGCUGUCGAGGGUAUCUUCUUCUCUGGCUCAUUCGCCUCCAUCUUCUGGCUGAAGAAGCGUGGCCUGAUGCCUGGUCUCACUUUCUCCAACGAGCUGAUCUCUCGUGACGAGGGUCUCCACACCGACUUCGCUUGUCUGCUGUUCUCCCACAUGAACCACCGCCCCGACCCCAAGGUGGUUGAGGAAAUCAUUGUCGAGGCCGUCGGCAUCGAGCAGGAGUUCCUGACUGAUGCUCUUCCCUGCGGUCUGCUUGGCAUGAACUCCAAGCUGAUGUGCGAGUACAUUGAGUUCGUCGCUGACCGCCUGCUGGUGGCCCUCGGCAACAAGAAGUACUACAACGCUACCAACCCCUUCGACUUCAUGGAGUCCAUCUCCCUGGCUGGCAAGACCAACUUCUUCGAGAAGCGUGUCGGUGACUACCAGAAGGCUGGUGUCAUGGCCAGCACCAAGCAGGAGGUCAACGCUGAGGGUGAGAAGAUCGUAAGCGACCGUCUCAACUUCGAUGAGGACUUCUAGACGACGUCCUUCUCCCUUCCCUCUUGUGUUGUUUUAUACCCUCUCCCCUUUCACGUGAUAUUAUGUCGUUUUCUUAUUCUGUUUUUUAUUGAUUGAUGUAAUUUCCGUUUGAAGGCUCGCAUGGGAAUGGCGUUUUUUUUCUUCUUGUUUUUCAUUUUUCUGGUCUCUCCUGGACUCUGGUGUCCAUGGAUGCAUGGCGGAUUCUCUGUAUCUAGAUCUUCGAAUCACUUCUCCAAUGUGUCUGGAUAUGUUUGUUUGUAGAUGUAGAUAACGCCAAUGGCCCUCUUAAAUACUUAUUAUCAAUUGUUCAGUAUCAUCCCAUCCCAUCCCUACUUCAGACUGUGAA